UGUUUUUUUUUAAGGUGUUUUUUGUUAUAGUUUCUAAUGCUGAUUGUUUGACUGCUUAAUACUUUGUGUUGAAGAAUUUAAUCAACAUUUACAUCUUUGGUUUUUAGAUCUAAUACACAAGCUUUGGGUUCAUCUUUAAAACUUGUGGGAAUGGAUUCAAAAAGAAGAUUUUGCUGAAAGUACAACAAGAAUGCUGACUUGGUGCAAGAGAUGAAUGGAAUAAUCUCCAAACCCAGACUGUCAUAACAAGAUACGCUCGUUGCCAUGGCCAAUUUGACCGGAAAUGCAACGCUGGAUAUCAAACACACAAUGCUAGGACCGACAGAAGAAAAGUUGUACUUGGGGAUUGGACUGGGCACUGGUCUAUUGGUCAUGCUGGUCAUCGUCAUCAUAAUCGUUGCCUCCAUUGUGACCCGAAGGAAGGACAACAAAAGUCGACCAAGGACUGGCAGAUUCGUGUCUGUGGCCAACUCAGACUUUGACACCUACAACGCCAUCAAUCCCGUAGUGUUUAAUAACCCAGCCUCCAACCCUACGUGGUUACAUCGCAACCUACCAUCGUCUCCAACGCCAACCAUCACAACCAUCGCAAACGAUUACUUUAUAGACGGCUACACCGCCAGAGACUACGGCCCGAUGUCGAUGAAGGUCAUGGAUCAAAUGUUUAGUUAUAAGGCUUAGUGAAGGGUGACAAUCAUACAGAGGUUAAGGUUCUUCUACUCUAACAGAUUGCAGAAGUGACUUGAAAAGAAAACUUAAUUACACGAGGAUCUUCCGAAGCCAUAUGUUACUUCUGUAGAAAAGAAAUCCAGCAUAUUAUUUGUAUUUUCACAUUAGUUCUAACGUUUAUCUAUUCUGGCACAAGGAUUUGUUUGUUUUAUAUGUAAGUGAAAUGACUUAUUUCUAUUACUACAUCAGCUUUGUCUGCGUUGAAUGAGGCAAAAUAUAUAGGUCACGUAAAAUACCGCACUCUUCUUUAUUCUGUUGAUUCAGAGAUAAGAUCGAGAAGGUGUGUAUGAUUAUUGUAUAGUGUGUAGUUGAGUUUUAAUUGAAUGUCUGUACCUUCAUGAAUAAUAUCUUAUAAUUAUUCAUAGGUCUUACGAAAUGCAUUGAUUGGUUUAAGUUCAGUAAUUGUUUUACAUGUUUAUUGAUUUAUUUACUAUGUUUUACCUAUACAGAUUAAUCCAUAUUAUUCACUAAUUUCAGUCAAACGUUUCAUUGUUCGUACACAUUAUUUGUACAAUUCCUUUUAUCACCUAGCAAAUUCAUGGGUGGAACCUGGACACAGAUUUCAAAAAACAUCUCUAUCGAUUUCCCUAGAAAUUCGAUUGUUUUUUUAUAAUAUAUAUAGAUCUAGUUUUGUGAAAAACUAUUUGCUAAUUGCCUAACUGUCCACUGUUAUGGAAUGUGUGUGUGUGUGUGUGUUUCUACGGUGAAGAUGGGAAGAGGUUAGCGAUUGGUUGUGAAUGAUGCAAGAUAGGUGUCAUUGUCGUCAGUGGUCUUAGUUAGGGGAGACGACUCCAGAACGUGAGACUGAAAAGAAUAGUUGUUGUAGUGAGUUAGAUUUUGUUUAAAAUUCCAUUUUAUAUUAUUACUUGAGUCUACUAUAUUUAUUGCAUUUCAUAACAAGUAUAUUUUGUCUACAUUUUAAUAAAAGUAAUAUUUAAUAUUGUUCACAAAAGAUGUUAUUCAAGUAAUUUCAAGCUUUACAAGUUAAGAUAAAAUACGCCUAUAGCGGUUCGUUUGUCUACAGGUAGAGAAUGGAAUGUAGUAUAAUAACAGCUACACAGUGUCAACUCGGGUUCAACAGUUAUAAUUCUUCAAAGUAUAAUGAACCCAAGUUUAAAUUUGGUCUAUAUCUGGAGCACAAGUCAGUGGGAAUACCCGCUUGAAUGAAGUACAGAUUUAAAUAAAUUAAAAGAUGUUUACAUAUAGGCCAACAUAUGGAUAUAACACUUACAGGGACAAAGUGGGUUAGCGCCUGGCUUCCGAACCCGAGGUCCUGGGUUCGAAUGUAGGUGAAGAAUGGAUUUUUUUUUUAAUUUUGGGGAUUUUUAGGGCUCCCCUGAGUCCACCCAACUCUAAUGGGUACCUGACUUUAGUUGAGGAAAGUAAAGGUGGUUGGUCAUUGUGUUGGCCGCAUGACACCCUCGUUAACCGUGGGCCAAAAAUAACUAUUACAUUCUCUGCCCUAUAGAUCGCAAGGUCUG